AUGUUACUGUUGAACGGUGAACGCCAGGUAUCAAACAACGAGAGAAAUGAUAGUCCUGGUACAGAUGAUGGCAGCGUAUCCCCUGAACCACCCGACCGGCCGCCCGGGAAGGUUCGUCAAGUUCAUCCGGAGGAUAAAGCCCAAUUUGUAGCGUAUGAUUCCACAUAUCGUAAAAAGGCAAAGCCAAAAUCCCUUCCCCUUGAAGACAAUCAGAUGUACAGUCACUUAGCCAAUACAAAUGUUGCAAUGUCUCCCAUGUAUCCGCUCACACCAAAUAUUUGCGUCGAGGGAGGCAAGAUUGAGUUCAUCAAGUCGCCACCAGGUAGCGCUAGAAACAGCGUGGCGCUAGUAUCGCCGCCGCAAACGCCAGUUGUAGUUCGGCGCAGUUCGCGGGAAAAACGUGAAGCACGAUGUAGCGAUGAACACGUUGAGAAGUUCGAUGGUGAUAAGGAACUUUUGGAAAAGCGUAUAAAACAGCUGGAAGCUCAGCUGGAAGAGGAGAAACGGCGAACUCAAAAGGAACGAAUGGCUGUCACCAAGCUGCAAAACAAGCUUAUUAAGAGGCUGAUGUUUACCUAUGCUGGUAGGAACGACAUUCGUUAUCAGUUAAUUACACUGCAAGCCACUGCUAAAUCUACCAUCUUCAGUGGUGGAGCCUUCUGUGGUAUAUUAAAGCCAGAGACAGCAAUAGACAGUCAAACUUAA